UUUCAUGUAAUGUUAUUUUACUAACAUCUAACUUAAAUUAAUAAAAAUAAUCAAUACAGCUGGAAGCCUAUAAGCCCCCCGUGGACCGAACGCUCAACAAAAGACUUAUGUACACGAAAAAUCGAUACCAUCCGAUAGUGAAAAACAGCGACUGGCAUCAUUUCUACGAGUCCUUACCAAUAGAUAACAACCCCUACUGCAAAUAUCAUCCUGAUCUAAAUGCAUCCCAUUACGAUCACCUGGGACAGGAAAAGUGCAUAUGCUACGCAACUGAGAUGAGUGAUAUGAUGCGACAAUUAGAGCUCAAAGACAAUUACAUCAACAGGAGUCCAGAUAAGAAAGUUAUUAAUUAUUUCAGCUUCAAAGACACGACUUCAUGCGAUGCCCCCAAUUACUCUAUGUUUCCGACCGUUUGCGCUGAUAAUUACGUCUCGACGAUGCAGAAAAGCUAUAAAACAUCCUAUCCAUACAAAAUGCACAGAAUAUCAAUCCCCAAAAGACCAUUCAUGGAGACUAGAAAAGUAAAGAAGGAAGAUCCAACUAGUAGUAUGAAAAAGUUUUACGACGAGGAUUGUAUAGAAACUAUAAAGUUGCUACAGAAACACAAAGCGCACAGAUUCAACUCUUAUGAUUUUUGCAAAGGACAUUAUCAGGAUGGUACCGUGCCAUUGGAUGAAAACAAAAGGAGAUAA